AUGGCCAUAUCUGAAAAGGAUAUCCCCCACAUCCACCAAAUUGUCGAUGUUGCUCUAUGUCAUGGUUCCAGCAUGCAGGAGGUUGUCAACAAGCUUGAGGAUGCUCUCGAGUGUGCAUAUACCCCUCAAGGUUAUGGUACCGAUGACUUGGACAUCGCAACACUUGUUUUUAGGCUUGGCGGGCACCAGCUCCUUUUUGCACUUAAUCAAUCACUUGGUCUCCCUUCUCUCCAAUUUCAGUCGCUGCAUGGUGCCAGUCUCAUGAUUGACAAGAUUGCACUUGAGGAGACGGCAGUUCAUUUCAGUAAAUACAACAAGAGCCCAUCCUUCAGCACAUACGGGGCUGCCGUAGACAUCGCGCAGAAAAUUCACGGCGGGGAACUUCACCUUGGGAAGGAACUCACCGUGAUUGGUGCCUCUUACUUUGGUGAAGAUGAGAUUUAUCCAAUACUAGCAGCGCCUACAUGCAAGAAUGAAGAUGCUUCUGACAUGGAGCGCAUACUCACCCAUGCCAUUGAUCGUUGGGACAGAACUGGUGCAUCUAUGUCCAUUGGCCCAAUCUGGUUGUUAGCAACAGAUGGGGAUGCAACCAGAGUCACCUUUAUAUGGUACACUAAGCAACAUGCCGGGGACUUAAUCUAUACACUAAGCAACAUGCCGGGACUUAAUCUAUACACGGGCAAAGAUGAAGUCACUCUAGACUUUGACUUCAAGCACAUUUUCAAGCGUACAUUUUUCUUUCUUGAUCAACAUUGA